AAUCUUGCUUUCGUGCUCCUCCCCACUUCCACCUCUUCCUCUCCUCCUCGUCGCUCAUCCGAACCCUAGUCUCAGUCAACCCGGCAACCGACCUUCAGCACCAGCAGCACCCUUCGUUUCUCGGGACGGGACUUAGCUUGCAGUAGAAGCAGCAACAGCUCUAGCCUCGCACGACCGUUGGUCAGUGGUUAGACUGCAACGGGGACGCAAAAGUUCGGCCUUGAAGAAGAUAAUCGGAGCUUUGACAACAAAAUAUCGGGUUUCGGUUAGAUUGCUAAUGAUAAGAUAGGGCGUUCCGUAGUUUCGAAGUUUCGAAGCUGAGAAUCUGCGAAGCUCAGAAUGCGCGGCAUUGUGCUGCUGAUAGGUGUCCUGCUCGUCGCAACGACGUUCGCGUCGGCAUGGACAGUCACAGGGAAUCAUCCCGGCUCCGAGGGCCAUCACGCGGCCGGCGUGGGGCAUCAUCACGACCCGAACCUGCACCCUGACGACCCCCGUUACACUCUCAAUCACUUCCUCUUCCAUCAAGCUGGUAACCAGCCGCCACCUCUUUUCGCCGCAGUCGCCGCCGCCGCAGCUGCCGGCAAACCUGCCUCGGAAAAUGCCGAACCUGUGGUUACGCCGGAAUCAGGAACAGGCUCGAUCGCCGAAGCAGCAGCCGUGGGCGAAGGAGGAGGAGGAGGAGCAAUAGCCUCGAUCGCCGCGGUCGGCGGGGGAGCGGUCGGAAGGAACGGGAGGGCUGUGAUUAUAGGCCCUGUGAAUAUAGAGGGGUUGUUUCUCGGGGAAGCGGGCAACGCGGCGACGUCAACGGGGCCGAAAGCGACUAAGCGGCCCGCCGGGCCGUGCACUAGUCUUAAGAAGGUUUACAUUAUCAACAUCACUAAGGCGUCCGAUCUAGCCACGCGGACCAUGCUCCCGCCGACCGCCUCUGUUGUUCUCUACCUGAAAAACAACCUGGCGCUUACCCAGGGCCUCCUGUUCAACCAGAAGUACUCCUGCACGAUCCUGAUGAGCGAGAAGUGGCCGGGGUUUACUAUAACGAGUACGGAUCUGGCGAACCCAAUAAUUCGCGUAUGGAACACGAAUAACUUCGUGUCGAUGAACGUUAAUUAUAAGUUUCCGGUGUCGGAGGCCAGCCCCGAAUGCACCAACGUGCCCGAGCUCGGCGCGGGAGUCACCUGUCCCGCCGUCUCGAUCUUCAAGUCAUUCGGCGUGCAGAUCGGCAUGGGUGCCGUAUACGGCCGAGUGGACGUCCUUCGAAGCAUGGUGGUGAGGAUAGAUUCCCUCAAGGUCACCGGAGUGCCGAAUUUCGACAAGUCGCCUGGCGCCAUUCGCGUCGCGCUUUCCGGCUACGGCCCCAACCUCCUGCUGGCCAGCAUCGUCAUCUCCAACAACGAGGUCUAUGGCGUGAAUACCCCGAUUGUGCUGCACAGGGGUGCGGUAGGAGUAACCGUUACAAACAACUACGUCCACGAUUUCAUUUUCGCGGGCAUUCGCUGCGGCGCGGACGUGCACUACGCCGGUGACUGCAUGCUCACUCGAAUCAACUCCAACCUUGUGGUCGCUAAGGGGAGGAACACUAAUGGGGAUCACGAUGCCGCGGGGAUCUACUACUGCACGCACUGGUUCAACCCCGGUAACAAGGCGUUCUGCAACUAUGUGUUUAACGGGGAUCACUGCUAUUACCUCGAUUAUUGCACAUCCGGUGUGCUUGUACGAGGCGGAGCGUGCGUUGGCACCUACGAUGGCAUGAAAGUGAACAACGGGAAGAGGAACGUGAUAAAGCAUGUGGCAAUGAAGAGUGUUGAGGGCUCCCCUGGCUGGACCACAUGCUUCACAGUGACACUCAACAACUGCCUCAAGGACCCGGGCAGCUACUGGGAGGCGAUGCGAGUGAAGUACUACAACUCGGCUGUAAUCAAUAAGAGGUGGCCGUGGAUGCAGAAUGUGUGCAAGGAGAAGUCAGCUUAUGGUGGGGUGCCAUGCAACCCCCCUGGCCAGCCACCUGCUAGUGUUACGGGCGCGUGCAGCGGUUACGGGACCGACAACCUUAUCGAUCUGGUUACCGUGAACAGUACGAGGGCUGUCAGUUACAAGUAUUGCGAGAAAUACCCCGUUGUGCCGCGACUCAAUUUGGAGUAUAACAUCACGGUGAGCCCCGCGUACGUGAAGUUCCGCAACUACAGGCGCAACGACCUUGGGCUCCAAAAGGGCUCGCCGAUUUUCAAGAGGAGGCCAAAUUAUUUGAGCUGCCCGAAAGGGUUGGUUGGCCCCAGGAAAUUCUCGACCAACUCGUUUUACUUCAACUACAAUGUGCCGAGGCCUGCUGGGUUUUUCAUGGUGGUGGGUAUGGACACGAAGCACAUUAUUGAUCAUGACCUCAUCCCUGCGAAAGUGAGGGCACAGAUGUUGGCAACGUCGGAGUACUCGUGGCUAAGGAGCCAGUUGCUGUGAUUGGGAGCUUGCCAUUGGAAAGCAACUAUGUGCUUAGAAGUAGUUUGGGUAUGAAGCUAUGUUGGUUAUAUCAGAAUAAUUGAAUAAAAGUAAAGUGAGAGUACACACAAAUAUAUCUAAGUUUUGUAACCUCUAAGAGAUCUUGAGAAGAUCUUUCCGACGCAACAAGAAUCUCUUCAAUUGGAGCAAGAACGCGAAAGCUAUGAAGAUUCAAAGUUCUUGAGCUUGCGUUACAAUUGCGGCGGUUACAAAGUGAAGUUGUGGGGUGACUCACAAUGGAGUUGGGACCUUUGGGGUUUGGGAAACUUGUCACUCUACUGUAACAGCUGCAAAUAGGUUGGGAACAACCAAGCUAGGUUGGCAAGGGUGGCCAACUUGGAUGGAUUGGUUGGGAAGGGACAAAGGUCAAAGUUGAGGUUCCUAUAGGGAGGGAAUCUUUGUGCUUAUGGGGUUUCCUUGGUUGGGGACUCUCUUGGGAUCUUCCCUCUCAUCCCUCUCUUUCUAUCCCAACCUUUCUCUUGCUCCUUCUAAUUCCUUGUGAGAUUCUUGAACUUUGAUUGAACUUUUGAGAUUGAGUUAAGUUCUCCUCCUACAGCUUACCCCCUAGUGCGUCGAAAGCCAUAGCGUCGCGAAUACUUCAUCAAUCAACAUGAUUCAAAUUG